AUACAGUCUACAUCGCAUGCAUAUAAAUAACAUGGAAACAUAUUCAAUUGUAAAUAAUUCAUAUCAUUGGUUUAAAAAAGAAGACUUGAAUUUAAAAACAAUAGACUUUGACGAUUACAAUUCUUCUUCGUCAUCAUCUUCGACAUUUGAAUCUUGUUCAUCUGAUCUAUUAUUAACCGACAGUUCUACUAUUGAUUCUUUAGAUUGUUGUAUUACUAAAGAUGAUUAUACUCAAGAAGAUUAUUUAUUGUAUCUACCAAUUACAAUAUCUUUUGAUGAAUUAUUAUCUUUUAGAAUGUUAAAAUUAUAUCAAAGGUUAAUACCUUCUCGUCAAUCAUUCCGUAAAAGACAAAUGAUGACUGUAAAGAUACAAAAUAUAUUAAAAGAAGAAUGGCCCAACUAUCAAUUCAAUGUUUACUUAUUUGGAUCUUCUGUAAAUAAUUUAGGCACAGAUCAAUCAGAUGUCGAUAUCUGUAUUUCUACUACAUGGCAAGGUUUGAAAUCAAUGAAAACAUUAGCAACUGUGUUAACAAAAUAUGGAUUAUAUAUUUUAAAAAUCAUUUCAAAAGCAAAAGUGCCUAUUGUAAAAAUAUGGGAUCCUGUCUUAGAAUUGGCUUGUGAUUUAAAUGUGAAUAAUACUUUAGCUUUACAGAAUACAAAAAUGAUUAAAACAUAUGUUGCUAUUGAUCCUCGAGUAAGACCUUUUAUAUUGCUUGUUAAACAUUGGGCUAAACAAAGGAAACUAAAUGAUGCAGCAAGUGGUGGUACGUUAUCAACAUAUACUUGGACUUGUAUGGCUCUUUAUUUCUUACAAUCUCGUUCUCCACCUAUUCUUCCUAAGCUUCAUGAAAUGCCUCAUCGUCUUUCAAAAGAUAAUAUACAAAUAAAUGGUUUGAAUUCUUCUUUUUGUCAAGAUCUAUCUCAACUUGUAGGCUUUGGUAAAGCCAACUCUGAAAGCCUAGGUAGCCUAUUUUAUGGCUUCUUUCGAAAAUUUGCUUAUGAAUUCGAUUACAAGUCUCAAGUUGUCUCCGUUCGACACGGUUGUCUAAUGACACGUGAUGAAAAGGGAUGGCAAUAUCUAGGGAACAAUUCAGAGGGAAAACAUGGAUUAUGUGUGGAAGAGCCCUUUGAUACAAGACGUAAUUUAGGCAACUCUGCCAAUGAAGCUUCUGUUCGUGGUUUAAGGAUGGAAUUUGAAAGAGCUGUUCAUGUCUUAUUAGAAUCGAGGGGUAAUUUGGCCUCUUUAUGUACUUCUUUUCAUCGUUGAUAAAUAUCAUAUUUAAUAAUACAUCAUAAUAGUAAUCAUAAUCAUAAUAAUAAUAAAAAUGUAUAUAAAC